AUGGUAAAUGCAACACAGACCGAGGUUGCUACUGAAACGGUCGAAAAAACGCAAGAGGCUGCCAAGGAGCUUCCAUCAAAGCCUCUUGUUGGAAUUAUCUACCCUCCUCCCGAUAUAAGAAGUGUGCAGAAAGCCCAGUUCACUUUUAAACCAAAGGCACCGCCAAAGGAACCGCCACCGUUUGAAUUUAUGACGGAAAUGCCUGCAAUAUCAGCGCAAGACCUGGAUAUCCUCAAACUUACAGCACAAUUUGUAGCACGUAAUGGCAGACAAUUCAUGACAGCAUUAUCACAGCGCGAACAGAGAAACUAUCAAUUUGAUUUUCUUCGUCCCAAUCAUAGUCUAUUUAAUUAUUUCACAAAAUUAGUUGAACAAUAUACGAAAGUAUUGAUUCCACCAAAAAAUCUCAGCGAGAGAUUGAAAGUCAACGUAGAUAAUAAGUAUGAAAUUCUGGAUCGGGUCAUGCGACGUGUAGAGUAUGCAGCGUACCAAGAGGAAGAGAGAAAGAAAGCAGAGGAAAAGGAAGAUCAGGAGAGAAUUGCGUAUGCCUCGAUCGAUUGGCAUGAUUUUGUCAUUGUCGAAACGGUUGAAUUUACCGAGGCUGACGAGACCAUUGAUCUCCCGCCACCAAUGAGUAUAAUGGAGUUGGAAAACAUGACGCUUGCUCAGAAGAAGAUGGCAUCGGUCAUGCUGGACGCACAAGUCGAAGACAAAGGGAUUGAUGAAGACAUGGAGAUGGAUGAAGAUGUUGAAAUGGAGGAAGAAGACGAGGAUCAAAUAGGAAAGAAAGACGAAUCAGUCGAGCCAGAACUAGAAGCAGAACCUACAGUGAUGGAGAUUAAACCGCCGGAUGCGACUGCACCUAUUAAAAUACGUAAAGACUAUGUACCCAAAGUUCUCGCCCCCAAAACAUCGGGAACGAGACCGCUGGGUAUUUGUCCACGUUGUAAUCAAGCCAUUCCUGUGGAUGAAAUGGAAGAACACAUGCGAAUCGAACUAUUAGAUCCCAAGUGGAAAGAGCAAAAGGAAGCUGCAGACGCAAAGAAAAAGGAAUCUAAUUUAUUACGAGAAGGAACCGAUGUGGCCAAGAUUCUCAAAAACUUCUCAGGCUAUCGUUCAGAUAUUUUUGGUACCGAGGAAACUGAGAUUGGCAGAAAGAUUGGUGAAGCGGAAGAAAAGAGGAAAAGGAUUGAAAAAGAAAAGGUUGUCUGGGAUGGCCACACUGCUUCGAUCAACAUGGCUACACAACGUGCAGCUGCAGGUGUGUCCAUUGACGAGCAGAUUGCAGCUAUUCACAGAAGUAAAGGGCUGACAAGUGACGGAGAUUCCAAGAUCGGUCCACGCAUACCACAAGCACAAGAUUCAACCCACCAACAACAAGCACAUAUGGCAGCAUCACAAUUCCAAAAUCUUCAAAAUCAGCACCAAAUGUACGGUUUUCCUCCAGUCCCUCAUAAUCAAGUUUACUCACCAUAUGUUCCUUCCUCGGCACCAUUUGCUCACCAGCUGUCAGGCUAUAUCACUUCAGCACACCCACAACAUGCUAACAUGGCAAUGGGUCAUCAUCAUAUGUUACAACGCCCUAUGCAAUCUACACAUCGACCACCACAACCGCCAGGCAUGCCUCCAGUAAUGAUGUCACAUGUGCAGGGACAAUCGCCUAUAUCUGCAAGCGGAAUACCCACAUCCAUUUCUGCCUACGCAGCCUCUAUACCAUCGUUAGAUAAAGAGAAAGGCCGACUUGCGGAAGAAGACUUGGAUCCAACUAACCCGGCAAAGAAACAGAAAUUGGAUGGUAGUAUACCAGCAGGCACUGGUUUCAUGAACGAUGAUUCUAUGUCUGGGCAUCAGACUUUCUUCACUCUCACCAUUCAAUGCCCCAACCUGCCUGAAAAACCGGAAUGGAAUUGUACGGGACAGUCAUUGGAAAUUGAGGAUGUUUCUCUAAAUAUGCUUGUUUCCACUUUAAAAGACAAGAUUGCUGCACGAUUGAGUUUUCCUGCUGGCAAACAGAAACUUGCAAUUGGGGGUCAAGUUAUGAAGAAUCAAGUUGCAUUAGGCUUCUAUAAUAUAGAAAAUGGUACCGUCAUAUCGUUACAGGUGAAGGAUAGAGUUAACUAUCGCGAGGAUAUUACUAAAAUUAACGUAGUAGUAGUGUCAUUUGAACAUCAUGAUCAACUGAUGUCACAUGAGAUUAUGGAAGAACAAAUAGAACAGGCUGUUGCUUGUGCUCUAAGUUCCACUGCAGACCCAAGCCUGAAAGCUCAGGCAAUUAAAUACUGCCAAGACUUGAAAGAAUCUCAAGGUGGAUGGCAACCAUGUCUGUCAUUAUUUAUACACAUACCAAAAAGUACUCCUGAGGCUCGCAUGUUUGCUUUGGAUGUUGUUGAACACGCUCUUAAGAAUAGUUAUGAAGACGUUGACAAACAACAAGUGAUGUUAAUACGAUCUACAUUGAUGGAUUAUGUAAAAAGAGAAUACUCAGGAGAAGUAGGAAACAAUCGGGAAUCUGUUGAGCCGUCAUUUUUAAAGAAUAAAUUCGCUCAUACGAUAACUCUCCUCUUUGUCAAAUCAUAUCCAUCUAUGUGGAACGAUUUCUUCGAUGAAUUCUUAAGUUUGCUUGCACCCAAUGGCUUAUCAACGAACAAGCGGAUUACAGACCUAUUUCUUCGAAUUCUACGUUCAAUUGACGAGGAAGUUGCUAGUCUAGUAGUACCUCGGGGGAACGUUGAAGCAGCGCGGAAUGUUAUGAUUAAAGAUACUAUGCGAACCGGUGAUGUCCAGAAACUUACAACUGCUUUGUACGAGCUGUUGAAAGAAUUCCAUUUACGUGAUGAAGAGAUUGUCAAUACGUGUUUGAGUGUGAUCGGGUUAUAUAUCGCCUGGAUUGAUAUCUCUCUUGUUGUAAACGAUGCAUACAUUCCCUUGCUCUAUCAGUUCUUGGGAGAAGAAGCAUUUCGCAAGGCUGCCUGUGAAUGUUUGACUGAGAUCGUCAACAAAGGUAUGAAACCAUUAGAAAAGCUCAGUUUGAUCCAAUAUCUAAAUUUGACGGAUGUUUUGGGGAAAUUGGAUUUGGUUAGCGAUAUACAUUUUACGGAAUAUGUAGCAAAGUUAACCAAUGUGUUGGGGAUGGAACUAUGUAAGAUAUUCGAAGAGACAGAGGGUAUAGCAGACGCGACAACGGCCUCUUAUAGUCAAAUAGAAACUUUAAUACCGUUCUUAUUAAAAUUUCUGGGGGAUGAAUACGAUGAUACAUCGUCUGCAGUAUUUGGUUUUCUGGGAUCGUUACAAGGAAUCUACGAUGAAGAUACUGACUGGGGUGGAACAGAUGAGGACGGCGAGGAUGAAGCAGAGUUUGUCUGCAUGCGUAAGAGUUUGAAGGUCUACUUUGACGCAAUCCUAGUUCUCGAUGAAGAUCUUUUUACAUCUUACAUUCGAUCUGCCGUGAUUACGACAUUGGAUAAUUACCGUAAGAACGGAAAUGAAAUCGAUUGGAGAGAGUUGGAAUUAGCUCUACAUGUAUUAUAUUUAUUCGGGGAAAGAGGAUCGGUACCAUUUAUUGUUAAACAAGGGAAUGAGGUUGUGGGAUUAACUCCUUUGGGUGAAAUGAUGCUGAAGAUGAUCGAAAGCAGUACGUAUUUUUCUGUUGACGUCUCAACAUAUCCACAUCCCUCAAUACCGCUCUACUUUUUUGAAAUUGUUACAAGAUAUUAUCAAUUUUUCGACUACAGAACAGACUGCAUUCCAUCUGUGCUUGAGGCUUUUGUGGAUACGCGAGGGCUGCAUCAUUCCAGUCGCCAGAUACGCAGCCGCUCGUGGUAUUUGUUUCUGAGAUUUGUUAAAGCAUUAAAGACGCAUAUGAAUGGAUUUGUCGAUACAGUUCUGGCUAGCAUUCAGGAUUUGUUAAUUGUACAAACAGAGUUACUGCCGAACGAAGGUGCAACUGAUGACAUUUUAAGCAAAGAUAAGGCUAUGACGGGCACCUUCAAUGAUCAGAUUUAUUUAUUUGAGGCCGCUGGUAUUCUAAUUACUGCUGAAUCCGUUUCGCCUGAAAGCCAAUUGAGCUAUGCAGAGGUUGUAAUCAAUCCGCUACUGUCUGAUAUCCAACAGAAUCUCACAGACUUAUCAAGUCAUAAAGAUAAUUUAUCUACACUACAAAUACAUCAUUCGAUAAUGGCCAUUGGCAGUUUUGUCAGAGGCUUUCCAGACUCCUUAAAAGGACUAUCUCAUACAACACAAUGGAAAGUGUUUCUCAAUCGAGUGACAGAAGUUAUUCUUGUUGUCCUCAAAGAAUUGAGUGGAUAUCAGAUCAUUCGAGAUGCGGUUAGAUUUACAUUCGCUCGAUUGGUGAAAGCAUUGGGAACGGAUGUUCUUCCUUAUUUGCCCACUCUGAUAAACGCUUUGUUACGAGACAGUCAGAUAUCAGAACUAAUAGAUGUAUUGCCGUUCAUAGGACUUAUUGCUCAUAAAUUUAAGCCAACGAUCUUCAAUACUAUAAACGAUUUGACGUUGCCACUCGUACAAAAGGUGUUUACCUGUUUUAAUCAAGCACCGUCUGGGACGGAUGAAACAAGGCUGUUAAUAGACCUUCGGAAGGCAUAUCUUAAUUUUGUACUUGCAUUAUUUAACAGUAGGAUGGAAGCCGUGUUUGUCAGCGAAUUAAACCAACCAAUUCUAGAAACAUUUCUUCAAUUUAUUAUCCACUGUGCUAGCGAUACAUCUGAUAUACCAACGGUUAAGACAUCAUUUAACGUUCUCGCAAGAGCCAUAAACUCCUGGGGCAGCAAUGAGGAGGCAACAGAGAGAACUCCAGAAUCAGUUGAACCAGAUCGACCAUUGCCUGGAUUUGAAAAGUUUAUGUAUGAACAUAUACUGCGCGUGUGUUUUGAAAUGCCAUUGAAGCCAGAAUUUAAUCUCAACGACGCGCAAUCUGUUAUGGUAUUAUCCGAAAUAACAAACAUACAAAGAGCAAUGUUAGCAAAACGCCCAACCGAAUUUCCAAAAUACCUGACGUCAAUCUGGUUUCCGUCUAUGCAAUGUCCUCCUGAACUUGCUGAGGAGUAUAUAAAAGCUCUACGAGAACCAAACGCCAGAGUGUUUAGGAAGUAUUUCCAGGCAUUCAUCCAUCGCUCUAAAUCAUAA